CAAAAGGGCUAUCCCAAAUAGAGAAAACAAAGUGCGUGAAGAAUUUUUCUCGGGCCGACAUUACAGUCGUAUUAUGGGAUAUUUUGAUAUGUUGUUGUGGACGAUGAUUUAGAGCGACUGGAUCAUCAAGAAAACAUUUAAAUCAUGACAUGACACAUGAAAGGAAGUGGGAUCACGAUAAUUUUUCGAAGCCACGGACACCAGUUCAGCAAAUCAUCUGGUAGUGUUUGCCCUGUGCUUUGAAACCAGUGUGAAACAACAUAUGCCAGUUGAAUCUGGGUGACAAUUUUUAUCAUGAAGUACAAGUUCAUGCAAUUUGAAUAGUGCGAAUAACACGAACUAGUGAUUUUUUCAUAUGCCUGAACAUUUCAUCAGAGGAAAAGCCUAAAUUGAUGGAGUAAUUAACAUAAGUCAUUUCAUGUAUGGUUGAGUGAUCAAUUUCAACAUUUAAACUGACUGACGCAAACAAGUGUUGACAAUGCCAGGGAAGACCCUCCCGGUGAAUCCCAAACUCGCCGGCGUUCCCGAUGUGGAGAUCGGGGACACUGGGGUGUUCAAGUACAUUCUGUGUAAGAUAUACGAAGGAGCAAACACAAGCGACUUUAAGUAUAUUGUGAGGGGGGUACCAAGUGCUGAGUUCCACGCUGACAUCUACGAUGUGCUGGAUGCCAAGCUGGAGUCGGAGGGCAUCAUGUGCGAGUGUGUAGGAGGCGGUAAGAUCGAGCACGACCCAGACGCCAAAACUAUCAGGAUAUUUGGAAAAUCUCAGGGCUACGGCCAGGCCAACCACGAGAAGUCUAUGCAGAUCCUGAGGGACAAAUUCCCCGCCUACCACAGUGUGAUGUGGACCAAUGACUAGACGCUACAUCCACCCAGUCGACAUGGACGACACUAUAGACCUUGGCUGGGUGUGUCUGCAGACAGCGUUUUAUAGGAGGGGUCACUGCGGGAAUGAAUAUCAUUGGCAGCGUCUUGCUAAUUAAACUCUUCUGAAUGGUU